UUCACUACUUAAACCACUGCCUUGCUCCUCAUGGUUUCUGUGCACUGAUCUUCUGCAGGAUGACCUCUAGUUUUACUGUGGUUUGUUGGCUAGGACUUCAGAAACUUGGAGAAACAGGAGCAAGUGGAAUCUUUUAAGUUUAGUGCCACAUAAGAACGAUAGAAGAGAAUGACUGUGCUUUCCCAUGGAGCUGAAAGGCAGGCAAGUGCCUUUAAAAAGUCCGCCUUGUCAGUUGAACCGGUUCACAAGAUGGAUUGCCAACAGCAUCAAAGUCCGUUAAAGAAGAUGCGCAUGCCUGUUGUGAGAGGUCCUGAGAACAGACGUGGCUUUGCCAGCUUUGAAGAGAAAAACAGUAAUUCUUUCCUUAAAUUCAAUCCAUUCACCCCUCCAGUAGGGCCGAAUUACACUUUACUCCCACAGUGGGAUAACGUGCCUUUAGUAAAUCCCUGCUCAGGUUUUGUGAGUCCAGGAGCAGAUGCUGACCUGCAGCCCAAUGUUGGAAGAGCUAUUGAAUCCCUGCUAGACUACAGUGGUGUGAAACCUCACCAGUGGGUCCCCAUCACAGGAAAGAGAUGCCAGCCUGCCCACAGGAGGCAGAUGAUCUUCCUGGAGAAAACUAGCCAGGACAGAAGGUAGAACUCCAGGGCUGUUUCAGCUGCUUCUGUCAGGGCACGACUCAGAGGUUGGAGAACUCCAGUGAAAGUUGCUCCUGAUCUACCUGACCAAAACCAUAUCUUUGCAUUUUGUAUGGAUCCCAAUCUCAAGGAAUCAAGUGAUCCUUCUGCAAGGUGGAGAGAAGAAAAAGCAGGAUACUAUUUCUGCAAGUGAAAAGCUUAUGAAGAAGUUCCCUGGGAUAAUAUGUUAGCUUCCAAAAUCCAGCCUCCAGAAUCGACAGUGGAAGUGUUGGCUGAUCCUGUUUCCCAGAGUUUUGCAAAAAGGAGAUACAAUCCUGAACCUGAAAUAAGGCAAGACAGUGAACGAUUUCUUGUUGUUGGAGCCUUCUGGGACAGAUUUCAAACAAGGUCUUUUACCUCUCCACAGAGACCUGUUGAUUUUGUAAGCUGAAGCUCUCGAACCUGUCAUAGCCCUUUGUAUAUUGGCUGUGUUGGUGCAGUAAAUUUUGAAGACAUUAACAAUGCCGAUGUAGACUUAAUCCCACUUAACAAUGUGCAAACUUCAAAGCCUUGCUACACAAACACUGCACACACUCCAAAUAUCCCUGGAUACACUGGCAAGGUUCAUUGGUCAGCAACUCACCCGGCAAAUUCUAAUCUUCCAUCAACAACCCCAUCAAUAAUUGCACAAAUGCAUGGCACUGCCAGUGAAAAGUACCCGGAAAAGGCUUGA